GCACCGCUGAUGUAAUAUUCACUUCCGGUCCCCAUCACCUGCACUUCACUGUAGAAUUCAACCACUGGACUUGUGUUUUGUUUCACUACUUUGGAUAACGUAUACUAAAACCUAUUAGUGAAUCAUGCUACGAACAGUGCUGCGGAGCGGCGGCGCCCUCCUGAAGAACACCCAGCUGACCAACCAGAGGCUGCGGCUGGCUCCGGCCCAGCAGCGGUGGGCUUCCAGCCUGCCCAUGAACACGGUGGUGCUGUUCGUCCCCCAACAGGAGGCCUGGGUGGUCGAGAGGAUGGGCCGCUUCCACCGAAUACUAGAACCGGGUUUAAACUUCCUCAUUCCCGUCCUGGACCGGAUCCGCUACGUACAGAGUCUCAAGGAAAUCGUCAUCGAUGUCCCAGAGCAGUCUGCUGUGUCCCUAGAUAACGUCACUCUGCAGAUUGAUGGAGUGCUGUAUCUGAGGAUCCUGGACCCAUUAAAGGCUAGUUACGGUGUAGAAGACCCGGAAUAUGCCGUGACCCAACUGGCACAGACCACCAUGCGCUCUGAACUGGGCAAGCUCACCCUGGACAAAGUAUUCAGGGAGAGGGAGAGUCUGAACCACAACAUCGUGAACUCCAUCAACCAGGCAGCAGAAGACUGGGGCAUCAAAUGCCUCCGCUACGAGAUCAAGGACAUCCACGUCCCCCCACGCGUCAAAGAGUCCAUGCAGAUGCAGGUGGAGGCGGAGCGCAGGAAGAGGGCCACGGUGCUGGAGUCGGAGGGCCAGCGGGAGGCAGCCAUCAACGUGGCCGAGGGCUGCAAGCAGUCCCAGAUCCUGGCCUCCGAGGGAGAGAAGGCGGAGCAGAUCAACCAGGCCGCCGGUGAGGCUCAGGCCAUCUUGGCAAAGGCUGAGGCUAAAUCCAGAGCCAUCAAACUGCUCUCAGAAGCCCUGGCUGAGCAGAACGGGGGCGCGGCCGCCUCUCUGAGCGUGGCGGAGCAGUACGUCGCGGCGUUCUCCAACCUCGCCAAGGAGUCCAACACCUUGCUGCUGCCCGCCAACACCAGCGACAUCACCGGCAUGGUCACACAGGCGAUGUCCAUCUACAGCACCCUGGCCAAGCCCAGCGGCCGUCUGGAGGCCCUGUCCUCAGGGACCUCAGAGAAACAGAGCGAAGCACCCCCCUCCCCCUCCAUGUCCUCCCAGUAGUGCCCCCUCCCCCUGGGACCCACCACAGCAUCCCCGACCCAGUGACCCAGAGGGGGGAAGGGAGCCACAGCUCCAGGCCGGGGCCCAAAGAAGGCAGAAGGCUGCUCCAUGAGCCGGUGGCUAAAGUUUCCAGAACAUUUUCUGAAAAGGGCACCUAAUGUGAAGCACGCACCCGUCUGUGUGAGGAGCUCCGUCUGGUUUUCAGUUGUGUUAGUUUGUUAAUUACCUGUUGUUGUCAGAGGUUGGAGAGUUCUGCCUUCCUGCUGGCCUGGGAAUGAACACCUUGCUUCACAGUUCUUUUGCGCAUGUAAAUAGCGCACAUGCUGCACUAUAGGGGGAAGGUGGACAAUCAUGAAGAAUAACGUUGAAAGCCUUGUAAGGCGUUGACCCCCUCUGGUUGUUCAUCAACAUGGAAAUAUUAGUUAAUGAAAAACAAGGGAUCUAAUCUGACAAGAUCCAAGAGUCAUAUUUUUCAAACCUAUUAUUUUACAGAAUGUUUUGAUACCGCUCACAUUAAUGGGGGGGGUUUUGUUGUCAGUUUGUUGUUUUUACCUCUGUAUUCAUGUAUUAAAAAACCAAAAUGAAUCCUUAUAAAAACGUAUACAAAACCUAAUAGAAUUUUGUCUUCAGAACAUUA